CCGCAGCCGGCCAGGUUCGCUCGGCAGCGGCUGGGUUGCUCGGGCUACCCCGCCCCCUCUCGUGCUGCUUCUGCGGGACUUUCGAGGCGCGCGUUCGAGGCCCGGGAAGGAGCCGGCUCGGCACGCGCGCACGCUCCCGCCUAGCCUCACUUCCAGCCGGCCGGGGCUCGAUCGCUCGAUGCUGCCGCCGCUGCCCUGCCUUUGCCCACCGGAAAGUUUCCGCCGCGUCGAGGCGGGCGGACGGCAGGGCUUGGGAGACGGGCGGCAGCUCCGCCUGGAAGCCGGUGCCCGAGAGCUGUUGCGCGGAGGAGAGCCGCACGGACGUUAAGGGGGAGCGGCCGCCACGGUUUGCCGCGGCCAAGGGAAGACAGCGGCUGGUUUGCCCCUUCUUGGGUCUUCGUCGUCUGCGGGGAUUAUUGCGGGGAAAGGAGAAAAGUGCCCGCUUCGAGCCAAGUUGGAGAGCGAGGCGAUUCCCUCCUUCGCUUCCCCGGCGUUGCCCGUGGGUUGGUCAUGUAAGGAUUGCUCCGUGGGGUUGCCCUAUUUCUUUACCGUCAGCGAAAGCAUCGGGGGAGGUCGUGGCUGUGGCGACCGGCUGGGCUGGUUUUAAAGGGCGCCCGGGAGAAUUGAGACUGCCUCCAAGGCAAACUUUUGGAAGAGAAUUGCAAAAUACAGAAUUGUAUGUCUUGUGGGUCUAACAACACAUGGCCCAGCUUGAAUGAAUAAGACUUUUGUGUCGCCUCAUGUGGUGUUGCAAAAAAUGAGAAAGAGAAGAGGGCUAAUGUCACAUUCCCCAGCCCAACUAUAUCACGGCUGGUAGCCUGGAGUAAAAGUGCACUGGAGCUCAGACGCCUGUGAAUUCAGCUAUUCAACUUGUAUCAAUGGAUGCCAGUCUUACAAAAAUGAAUGGAGGCACUAUGGACUAGCCAACAUGAUUAAAAAUGCCAGUCUGCUGACAUUGUGCUGUUUUUUGGCCAACAAAACAGUCAUCUUUCCAGCCCAAUGCUGCAGUGCAAGUCACUUAUAACUGAUAAUCUCAAAUUUGAACAGAUCCUGAGAAGUAAGAAGAGAAGCAUGAAUGACUCUUUUGGGGAUUGGGUAACAACCUGGUCAACAGAGGAGACAUUCAGAAAGCAUUAUGCUCCAGAUCUUCAGGCGAAGUAGAAGGCAGAGGUGGGCAAGGCUAUUCUACAGGUGCUGUUCCAGUGAGAGACUCACUCCACCUCCUCUGAGUUUGUUUCAAGCAGGUGGAACACAGUGCCAUGAGAAAGUCUGUCAUCCAUGACAAGGUGGGAUUAUCAUGAUCAAAUACUCCAUUUUGAUUUUAACCAGUGGCCAAGAGCAUUUCAUGGUCAACAGCACAGACUGGACUUUUAAAGACAGUAUAACAGGCCUGUGACAGAAGAUUAGACAACAUCAGUGGAGUCAUGCUUCACACAGCCAUAUCAUGCUGGCAGCCAUUUCUAGGUCUGGCUGUGCUGAUACUUUUCAUGGGCUCUACCAUAGGCUGCCCAGCCCGCUGUGAAUGUUCAGCACAGAACAAGUCUGUCAGCUGUCACCGGAGGCGCCUGACUGCCAUCCCUGAGGGCAUCCCCAUUGAGACUAAAAUCCUGGAUCUUAGCAAGAACAAACUCAAAAACGUCAGCCCAGAGGAAUUCACAUCUUACCCACUGCUUGAGGAGAUAGAUCUCAGUGACAACGUCGUCGCCAACGUAGAGCCGGGAGCCUUUAACAAUCUGUUUAACUUGCGUUCCCUGAGACUCAAAGGGAACCGUCUGAAGCUGGUUCCUUUAGGGGUAUUCACUGGGCUGUCAAACUUAACAAAGCUAGAUAUCAGUGAAAACAAGAUUGUCAUUCUGCUGGACUACAUGUUCCAAGAUCUACACAACCUGAAGUCCCUCGAAGUAGGGGAUAAUGAUCUGGUAUAUAUAUCCCACAGGGCAUUUAGUGGACUGCUUAGCUUGGAGCAGCUUACUUUGGAGAAAUGCAACCUAACAGCUGUACCAACAGAAGCCCUCUCCCACCUUCACAACCUCAUCAGCCUGCACCUGAGACAUCUCAGUAUUAACCUUUUGCCUGCGUAUGCCUUUAAGAGAUUGUUCCGCCUGAAAAACCUAGAAAUUGAUUAUUGGCCUAUGCUGGACAUGAUGCCUAGCAACAGCUUGUAUGGCCUGAACCUCACUUUUCUCUCCAUCACCAACACCAACCUGUCCGCAAUACCUUAUUCUGCUCUGAAGCAACUGGUUUACCUAACGCACCUGAACCUCUCCUACAACCCCAUCAGCACCAUUGAGUCAGGCAUGCUUGCAGAACUGGUGCGCCUGCAGGAGCUUCAUAUAGUUGGGGCCCAGUUGCGUACCAUUGAACCCCAUGCUUUCCAAGGGCUCCGGUUCCUGCGUGUGCUCAAUGUGUCCCAAAACUUGUUGGAAACCAUAGAAGAGAAUGUGUUCCAUUCCGCCAAAGCCCUGGAAAUUCUCUCUAUAAACAACAACCCCCUGGCUUGUGACUGCCGCCUCCUCUGGAUAUUACAAAGGCAGCCCACGCUGCAGUUUGGCAGCCAGCAGCCAAUGUGCGCUGGCCCUGACAGCGUCAAGGAGAGGCCGUUCAAAGACUUCCACAGCACUGCCCUUUCUUUCUACUUCACUUGCAAGAAGCCCAGGAUCCAAGACAAGAAGCUGCAAUAUUUGGUAGUGGAUGAAGGGCAGACGGUACAGCUCAUGUGCAAUGCAGAUGGUGAUCCGCAGCCAACCAUCUCUUGGGUGACUCCACGGCGGAGACUGGUCACCAUGAAAUCCAAUGGAAGAGCUACAGUGCUGGGAGAUGGCACACUGGAGAUACGCUUUGCUCAAGAUCAAGACAGCGGGACCUAUGUUUGUAUUGCAAGCAAUGCUGCUGGGAAUGACACCUACGCAGCCACCCUUACUGUCAAAGGAUUUGCCUCGGAUCGGUUCCUUUACGCUAACAGGACUCACAUGUACAUGACAGACUCCAAUGACACAAGUUCCAAUGGAACCAAUGUGAAUACAUUUUCCCUUGACCUCAAGACAAUACUGGUGUCAACAGCCAUGGGCUGUUUUACAUUCCUCGGGGUGGUUUUAUUUUGUUUCUUACUUCUUUUUGUGUGGAGUCGAGGGAAAGGCAAGCAUAAAACCAACAUUGACCUUGAGUAUGUCCCACGUAAAAACAAUGGUGCAGUGGUGGAAGGGGAGGUGCCCGGACCACGCAGGUUUAAUAUGAAAAUGAUUUGAUGGUUAUUCUGCUAACAUUUUUUUUUCUCUCUCUCCUGUGGCAUUCUAACCAAUUCAGUGAGCCUGGCAUGUAGGAACUGCCAGGUUAAAAGCAGCUUCAUGUGGCUGCUAUGGUGUCAAAUGGUAUAUGGAAACCAGGAAGACUAUCUGAGGUUGUACAGCAAUGCCUCUUCUUUUGGGGCUGAGUGUGUGUUAGGGCUUUUUGCAGAGUUGGUAUACAGUACUAAUUGUUUGCAUUGCAAAUUUUUUGGCAUUCUGGGGAUCUCAGUAACGAAUUGUCGGCUCAUGUUCAUGGACAACUGUUAAAAACAUUUUCUACCAUUCAAAAAAAAAAGGAAAAAAAGAAACCCUACAGUGUAGGAUUUACAUAUUUAAUGAAAAAAGAGACACAUUUGUCUACUACAUACUCUGCAGUGAAAUUUGUAUCUAUAGAUCUCAUUUGCUAAAGCCUUGCAUCAUACAUACCUUAUAGUUGGUUCGACACUACAAAGAUUAAUGUAUUAUUGUAUUUUUUUUAAAUAUACAUAUUUACUGUGUACAUUUUAAAGCAAUACAGAUGAGAGGUUUUGUUCCUUCCACUGCAACUGACCCAAUUGUGAUGUCACUCUUCCCAUAAUUACAGCCAAAUUCUCAGAUCAGACCUCUGUAGUCACCAAUGAAUGAUGCUAUCUGUUCAAAGACCAGAGAGGAACCAACCCAUGAGGCAGACAGCCAUAACUGUGUCUUGUUGCUCUUCUCUUCAUGCGUAAAGAAAAGGCAUGUGCCUCAUUUUGAUAUAGAAUGGAAUAUUUUUUUAAAAUAUCUGUGAUUUCACACUGGACCAGUUUACUGUAAAAGAGUUCAAGGUCCAAUUUCCUAGUCUUUGUUGGCAUAAAAGUUGGCAAACUACA